AUGAAUAUGCUACUGGAAAACCUCCCUCCAGAAAUCCGCCUUCUUCUUUCUGCCUUGAAUCUUCAAGAACUAAAGGCCCUGAUUCGUGCGUCUCCUGUCUUCUACCAGCAAUAUCUGCUCGAUCGUCGAUUCCUCCUCCGUGCAUGCCUCCAGGAAACCUUGCACAUCGUCUCUGUUGACGCUCUUGCUGCUUACAGGUCUGGCAUGAAAGACUUUUCCAAACAGCACACUAGUGCAACUGUCACGGAAUUUAUUCAUUCUUACCAGUACCAGCACUCCUUGGACGAGUUUCCAAUUCUCGACAAGCGAGUUACAGAGGAAGAUAUUGCGAGCAUGGUGGAAUUCCACUCUUCGAUUAUUGAACCUCUCGCUCGGCAGUAUACUGACUGGGCCUUGACAAAUCUCGCUCAAGAGUCUGUUAGCCCGCUCACUCGUGACACUCUGAGCAAGGCGGAAGAGACGCGGGUAGUUCGCGCCCUGUAUCGUCUGCAGAUUCAUGGCAACCUUUUUGGGCCUGAUGCCCCCUGGGAUGUAAAUGAGAAUAAUCCCAAGUUCGAUGGGCAGCGACCGCCAACCCCCGACGGCGCUUUCAAUUUUGACAAUAGCUGUGAGUGA